GGGAAGAUGCUUGCAGAAAUGCCUUUUAUCGGCACACGUAAAGUCUACAGGGGGCAAGGAAUGUGUCGCCGCCUACUACAUUCGGUUGAAUCCGUUCUCUCUUUUCUUGGUGUCGAGGAGCUGGUCAUUCCUGUCAUUCCUAAUCUUUUAGGAACAUGGACAACAGUCUUCGGAUUCAAGCCGCUUGAAGAAUCAACAAGGCAGAACAUGAAAUCCAUGAGUAUCGUAGUCUUUCCAGGAACUUAUAUGCUUCAGAAACAUAUUCCCCAAAACCAGUCCACCAAUUGGAAGCUUGGAAGAGUUGCAGGUAGGAUUGUGUAAAGCUGUACAAGUUAGGUAAAGAAUACACAAUCCAUUUAUAAGGGAAAAUAACUGCAUUUUUAUAGAAUUGACCGGUUAUAAAUGGAUCUUUAUAACUUUGACAAUUAGUAGUUUAUAAUAAUUAUAGAUGUUUGACAAAAGAUUUUGUUUAUCCAUUUUGGAUGUUAACUUUCUUAUAUAUGCUUGGUGGAUACCUGUUGAAAGAUGUUUUCCAUGCAAAAUUUCCCGUGUUUGGUGAUGUUUGGAUA